GGCGCCACACCUGGGAGGGGGGCAGGGGCGGGCGGGGCUCGCGCACGCGCGCUGCGGGUCCUCGGGGAGCCCGCUGUGCUGUAGCGCUGCCCGGGAGCGCUGUCGCUGAGGUGGCGCUGAACCCGAGGCUCCUCUCCUCCGCCUCAGCUCGGAGAGAGUCGGGAGGAUGGCUUCGGAGGUGGAGUCGUCGCUGGAGGUCAGCUUCUCGUCCAGCUGUGCGGUGUCAGGGGCGUCCGGGUGUCUGCCUCCCGCCCGCUCCCGCAUCUUCAAGAUCAUCGUGAUCGGCGACUCGAACGUGGGCAAGACGUGCCUGACUUACCGCUUCUGCGCCGGCCGCUUCCCCGACCGCACCGAGGCCACCAUCGGAGUGGACUUCCGAGAGCGAGCCGUGGAGAUCGACGGCGAGCGCAUCAAGAUCCAGCUGUGGGACACUGCAGGACAAGAGCGGUUCAGGAAGAGCAUGGUUCAGCACUACUACAGGAACGUGCACGCUGUCGUCUUUGUCUACGACAUGACCAACAUGGCCAGCUUCCACAGCCUGCCAUCUUGGAUCGAGGAAUGCAAGCAGCACUUGCUGGCAAGUGACAUACCUCGCAUCCUGGUUGGGAAUAAAUGUGACUUGAGAAGCGCCAUCCAGGUGCCCACAGACUUGGCACAGAAGUUUGCUGACACACACAGUAUGCCUUUGUUCGAGACCUCCGCCAAAAACCCCAAUGAUAAUGACCACGUAGAAGCUAUAUUUAUGACGUUGGCUCAUAAGCUGAAGAGCCACAAGCCAUUGAUGCUUAGUCAGCCACCUGAUAACAGAGUUAUCCUGAAACCUGAAACAAAGCCCGCGGUGCCAUGCUGGUGCUGAGUCACAGGUAUGCCCCUCACGGGUCUGACUGAGUCUGAAGUAGUGUAAUUACAUGUGUAAGAGUAACUCUUCAAUAUCAUGGCUCAUCCCACUGGUUCCGUUGUUGCGCUGCCUUUUGUAUUUUCAUCCUCUUACUAAGUUUGUCACUGUGACCAUUCAAGGAGAAGGCCAAUUUACAGCUGGGAUGGAAAAGGAAGCAAAGACGGGACGACCAGGUCUUCUUUCCAGUCCCAGGCCUCCCGUGAGCAUGAUGGGACCUCAAGGCUCAGUGUGGCGCCCACGCCGUGUUCCUGGACUGGGAAAGAAAUGCCGUGUAGCGCACACUUACUGCGCGGAGCUAUCGUAGCGAGUUAUCGAGGUGCUUUUUAUUGUACUGUGGCAUCUAAGUACUAAAAAAACUAGUCAAAAGAAUUCAGACAGUUGUAAUGGGAAUUUAUUUUAGCCAUGACUUUUAAUUAAAAUAUCAGAUAGUUGCAAAGCUGGUUCCUGGUGCCCCUGUCCUCCACUCGUGGUGAGUUGGGUGACUCAGGGCUGGAUUCAGUCAGCAUCCGUUCUGCCAGAGCUCUGAAGGCACGCCUCUAGUUCCCGAGUCUAUGUGGAUUCCUGCCAUAGUAGCGUUGGGUUAGUUUUUUUAAAUGUUUGUGUUUUAUGUCCACAAACUGUUCCUUUGGACAAAAUGAAUUAAUUUUUUUUUCUUUGGUUUUUCAAGACAGGGUUUCUCUGUAGCUUUGGAGCCUGUUCUGGAGCUUCCUCUGUAGACCAAGCUGGCUUCAAACUCACUGAGAUCCACCUGUCUCUGCCUCCCGGGUGCUGGGAUUAAAGGUAUAACCAUCACCUCCCGGCUUGAAAAAUAUCUUAACUGUCCCUCAGUGGUGAAAGAAAUAGUUUAUUUUAUUUUAUUUUUUUUUUGCCCUAAGCACUUUUAGUUUAAAUUUAAGACUUUGCACAAGGAACACAGCACAUUUCCAUAUGGAGCUCUUUGCGGAAUGCUGUGUAAGCCGCGUUCAGCCUAAGUGUGCAUAUCCUCGUUCUGACAGCUUCCAGCCCUGGGCAGUUUUAGAGGAAAUUAAGGCAAAAUAGAUUUUACUUAAGUGUUUUCAGAAUGUGGGAAACAAGGGUACUCUGACCUAGUUUCAGAUUUUUGUUUUAUUAUUCUGAAGGUCCCAGUUGGAAAAUUCAGUUACAAAAGCAAAAUUUUCUAUUUAGUAAGCUAAGUGAAAGUAAAACUUUUACAAAUGGUUGUCCAGUUUUAAAUACUAGGGCCAAGUUGGCUUUACUUGCAUCUAGAGAGAUUUUUCUUUUUCUCUUUUUAAAUACAGGGUCUCACUUUGUAGGCCUGACUGGCCUGGGACCAGGUUGGCCUCCGACUUACAGAUAUCCCCUUGCCUCAUCCUCCAGCCGCUUGGGAUUAAAGCCUUGUGUCUCUAGACCUAGCCUACUACAGUUUUCCUGAUCAUGCUAUAAUUAAAGAUUUAGCCAAAUUAAUGCUGACUCGGGAACCGUUUUUCUAGUGAGACAUAAUGGGCGCAGUAGCUGGGCCGUAGCCGUGCUUACAGAAGGGCGUCUGUUCAUUGUUUUCAACACUGUACAGCUGGGGAACAGAGAGGCUUUCUGGGUGCGUGCCUUCUUCCUACUGUUCUCGGGAUCGUUUCUUCAGCACUAUUAAUAAUUAUUUCUCUUUUUAAAGUAGUAGACUGUUUCUUUUUGUAAGGAGUUAGUGAACUUUCUUUACAAUUCUGUGAAAAGCAUUAUUUUUCCACUUUAGUAUUUAUUAAUUAAAACAUUUGUAUCUCAUUUGUAACGACCUACUACUUUAAGUUUUUAGUUUCUUAUUUUUAAAAGAUACUUACGAGGAGAGGAAGAUUAGGCCUUAGAUGUAGCCCAGGGUGUUGGAAGGCACUUCACUGACUGUUGACCUGCGUCCAGAUGGUGGUGAGCUGACCUCUAGUUACUAAUUUUUUAAGCACAAAUCAUACAUUUUGUAUAUCUGUGAAUUUAUUUUAACUGACACUUAAUUGGAAGUAUCAGAUGUUUUAGAAAAACCUUUAUCUGAGAACACCAAAGCGAACUACUUCCGGCUCUGUUGUGGUUGGCUGCAAACCGCGUGAUUGGCAGAGUUGUUCUUCACCUUUCCUCAGCAGGCUCGGUAGUUUUGUUAUGAAACAGGUGUCACUCUUUCGUUUCUCCCUCGAAGUACAAUAAAAUCAUCUUUGCCACGAAGAAACGGUGUUUUGGUUCCUUU